AUGAAGGCCGCACAGAGCGGCAACUGCGCCGAGCUGGAGCGCCUGCUCUCAAAGCAACCAACCCCACUGUUGAGGCGAGGGCCAACGGUGACCACGCAAGACGAUGUUGGCUACACGGCCCUGCACCAUGCUGCCUUGCAUGGACACUACGAGGCGUGCCAGAUGCUGCUGAACAUGGGCAGCAACGCCAACGCUCGCGACGCCAAAGGCUGCUGUCCGCUACACCUGGCCGCUUGGAGUGGCCACGCGCGCGUCGCCCAGCUGCUCAUCACGGGACGCAGCGCACAGGCCCGCGCUAGCAUCAACGCCCAGACGUUGUCUGGUGAGACGGCGCUGCAUAUGGCUGCACAGCACGGCAACACGGAAGUCCUCACGCUCCUACUCAAGUAUGGGGCUGAUGCGCUUCGCACGAACGAGAUUGGCGAGACAGCCCUCGACCUCGCCGCGCAAUAUGGACGGACCGCAGCCGUCGUCGUCCUCCUGGUGCGCACACAUCACAGCCCAAAGCUGCUGAGCAGCAGCGCCACAGAGCACCACACUCCGCUCCACCUCGCCGCGUGCAACGGCCACCACGAGAUUGUUAACCUCCUCCUGAAACAUGGGAUGGAUGUGAAUGCCACGUGCAAGACGGGAACAGCACUUCACGAGGCUGCGCUGUACGGGCGGACGCGCGUUGUGAAAAUCCUCAUCGAUGCCGGCGUGGACCCAACCAUCACCAACGCACACGGCCAGACGGUGAUGGACGUGCUUGAAGCGGUGCCCAAGAGCAAGACCCAGCACGUACGCGCACUCCUCAGCAACGUUGUCAAGACAGCACAUGACAGCGUUCCAAAGGCGCGCGCGGUGAUGGAUUACGUGCCGAGCGUUUACGACGAGAAUGCACUCGCGCUGAAGAAAGGAGAUGUGGUUGUUCUGUUGGACAACAACACCAAGGGCUGGUGGCGGGGACAGGUUGGCACACGUGUCGGCGUGUUCCCCCACACUUACGUCGAACUGCUGCAGUCGCCCGAAUCAGAUGACAGCGAACACGGCGGUGAUGACGAGGAUCGUGCUGAUGCUGAACGUACGAGCAGUGCACAGACGACAGCAGCCACAACUACAGCAACCGCUGGCAGUCCACGAAGAAGACUUGAUCGGACGCACACAAAUCCAUUCCUGGCAAGCGACAGCGUUGAGAUUGACACAACGCUGGCAGAGGCGGCCGCGCAGCUGUUCUUCACGGGCGGCGACGGUGGUGAUGAUGAUGAGGAGCAGGGGGGAGAGCGAGCGAGCGACGAAGACAACCGAGGAGAAGAAGAUGAAGGAGAAGAGAUGAGCGAAGAGGAGCAGCUGCACCAUGAUGGCGAUGAAGACCACGAGCAGGCGGAGGACGCGUUCAUGGUCAACGGCGACAAUGGCGAUGGUGAAGAAGAAGCAGAGGCGGUGAGUGGCGGAGAGGACGAAGAAGAGGAGGAAGCACGUGUGGACACGGAAGACAAACCUGGCGAUGACGACGUUGAGGAAGCAAGCAGCGAACAGAACCAUGAAGCGAAACAAGACGACGAGGAAGACGAAGAGGAAGACCAUCAGGAGGAGAAGGAAGAACACACGAAAGAGGAGGAGGAAGAAGAAGAAGACGAGGAGGGAGAGGAACAGCAAGAUGCGCCCACCGCCGAUGGCCCGACCAAACAGCAGCAGGAGGCGGAACACGUUGGGGGUGCAAUGGCCAAUGGCCGAGAGGAGGAGCAGCCAGAGCCAACACAGCGUGACGACGAAGAAGGACAUGAUGAUGAUGAUGAUGAUGAGCACCUGGGCCGUGGGCAACAAGAAGACACGCAGCUCUCAUCGUCACCACCAUCUCCACCACAACAGCAGCAGCGGCAGGAGCAGGGGGAAGAAGAGCAGGCACCGCAAGGGCGAGCGGGUGCACAUGGCGAUGUGGCGGAAGCGGCGAAAGAGGAGCCGGUUGUGUUCACGGCGCAGUACAUGGGGAGCAAAUCCUGCAGUCAUGCGACGGAGGCCGGGGCAGCCAAGGCGCUGGCCAAGAUGCGCAAGUCUGGCAAGUUCCUGGUGGACAAGCCGCCCAUCAGACUGGUGAUCACCCGCGAGAGCGUGAGCUUCGUUGACGCGGACACGGGGAUGGUGAUUGUGGCGCACGAACAGCCAACGGUGGUGUGCACGACCGUCGACCCGCAGGACGCGUGCAUGUUCGCGUAUGUGACGGCGGCGGCCGCCGCAGCUGCUGGUGAUGGCGACGAGGACGUGAAGACCAAGCCGUACUGUCAUGCGUUCAGACUGCAGACCGAGGCCGACGCAGCCGCGUGCACCGCCACCGUCCGCUCUCUCGUCCUCGCAACGCCGUGA